AUGCCCGCAAUCGGAGGGGAGGUGAUAGGUGUCAUCCCAGCUUUGGGUGUCAAGAAGAAAUGCGACGAAGUCCGCCCCAACUGUGCGCGAUGCCUCGAGCGACGACAGGAAUGUGUCUACGAACCUGUCAAGCCCCGACAACGGCGCAAGCGCGACAGUCUUUCACUCGAUACCACCAAGGCAAAUGAUGCACGACCGGACCGGGCCCUACAGAUCCACACACCCCUCUCUGCUGUCUCGAUCCAGCAGUGGGAGAGCCAGCAGAGCUGGAGGGACGGAAACGACGGGCAAGGCGACGACAGUAGCAGUGACGGGAGCCGAAGGGCCGGUGGCAUCGAGGCGACCGAGUCGGUCGUGUUGGACGAUCGGUUAGGACAGGUGCCCAUGUCAGCGAGCACCGCGCGUAGCGAUUUGGAGACGUACUUCACCUCAUGGACACCGGCAGAUACCACAGCAGUCUUCUCUCCCAUCACGACGACCACAUUUGACCUUGCGAGCCUCGAUGGGUGUUCAGCCCCUCAUGAUCACGACAGAGAUGUGGAGGAAGUCAUUCGCCGGGACUCGGCCGCAGUCGCAACGGCCCUCACCCUUACCCACAACCACCACCAUCACCAAGAACCAACACCGUUCCUCGAAUUCUGUUCGCCCUCCUUUGCCGAAUUCUCCGGUCGAAAGAACCGUCGCUUCCUUGUCGAUCACUUCUGCAACGUUCUCUCCCAUCUCAUCGUCUUUCGAGAAGAGAACGGCAAUCCUUUCCAACAGCUUGUCCUUCCGCUUUGCCACCGAAGUCCCGCCGUCAUGGAUGCCGUGUAUGCGCUGGCUAGCGCUCAUCUCGAGUUUCGCGGUAUAGAUCCAGGCGAGAAAAGUGACAUUUUCCAUGGCAAGGCAAUUCAAGAGCUCGCCGGGCUCAUUGAGCGCGGAAGCAAACAAAAUCACGAGAAUUGGAAUGAACUCCUGGCUGCAAUCAUGCUGAUCGUCUACUAUGAAGUGUUGGUCCAACGCGGGCGGUCAAAUAUUGUGGAUGGUCACCUGAAGGGCGCCAUGACCCUGAUCAACAACUCCGAGGCCAGCAGCGACCCAACAAGUGUCUUUCUAGAACGAGCCUUCGGUUUCUACGACGUCAUUGCUGCAUUGUCAUUCGGCACCGCACCGCUCUCCCCUGCCCCUGGCCGAGGACAGCUCUCUCCACUCCCAGCCCUCGACCCACGAGGGGCGCCCUCAGCCUCCUCCAGCGUAGACACUCUCCUUGGCAUGGCUACGACCCUCUGGCCCAUCAUCCACCGCCUCUCCACCCUCGUCAGCCUCAAGGCCGAGCUCGAGACUGCCACCGCUCAGGGCCAAGUUUCCAAAGUUGCCGUCCUCCGCACCGAGCUUGAGACGACCACCGCCGCCAUCCAAGUCGCGCUUACCCAGUGGCAGCCCGUUCUCCCAGCCGAGGACGUCUCGUCAUCCUCGGAGCCAGAGACCGAUAAAGAACGCUCACGCCUGCGCAGCAUCGUCAACAAUGCGCACGCCUACCGCCACUCGGCGUUUGUGUAUCUUUACCGCACGAUCCGCAAGUACCCGCGGUCGCAUGCGCUAGUGCAGCAGCAUACUCGCCUGAGCCUACAGCACUGCGUGGGAACGGUGAGCAAUGAGGGGCCCAUGAGUGCGCUGCUAUGGCCGCUGUUCGUCGCGGCCUGCGAAGCAACGGACGAGGGGGACAGGGACCUGGCGAGGCAGUCGUUUGUGGCCAUCGACAGGCGGCAGGGGAUGGCGAACAUUGACCGCGCGUGGACGGUUGUGCAGGAGGUGUGGAGGCGGGCAGACGAUGAGGAGAAGGAGGAGGAGGCCAUGAUGGCGGCGAUGAUGUUGAUGCGCGAUGUGGCCUCGAGGAAGCCGGGAGAAGGCCCAGAUGGGGCGAUGUUGAUGGCGGAGAGGAACGGCAUGAUGGUGGGAGGCGCUGGUGUUGACUUAUGGCGCAGAGUCAGUCAAGACAUGGGACUGACAAUUGUUUUUGGAUAA